CUCACGUAAUUUUCAGGCUUUACUCUGAAAAGUCUUCUCUUAUAAUGUCAAUGCAAGUUCUGCUUUAAAUCAAGAAAAAAUACAUGAUGUCUAUACACAGUGGGGAUAUGGAGAGUCCCCAUGGGGUUUUGUUACUCGCAUUUAUAUCAACUUUGGCUAUUGUUCACCUUGUUCAAGCUCAGGAUCAAAAAGGUAUAAGCAUUGACUGUGGAACAACGGGAUCCUACGUGGACUCCAACAACGUAACAUGGGUCGGAGAUAAGGGUUUCGUCACCACCGGCGAAUCCAUUAAUAUUACGGACGUCACCACAAAGCCGAUCAAUACUCUCCGGUAUUUUCCAACCGGUCAAACAAACUGCUACACCAAUAUUCCGGUGACAAAAGGCAGGAAAACCCUCGUGAGGACGAAGUACUACUACGAGAACUACGAUGACAAGUUCUCGCCGCCAUCUUUCGACAUAGUUUAUGACGGGAAACACCGUGAUUCUGUUGAUAUUACUGAGUCGUUACUCGACGACGAGGACACAUUUUAUUUCUCUGAGGUGAUUUUUGCUCCGGCGAGUGAGAAUAUCAGCGUUUGCCUUCUCCGUACGUCUCCGUCCGAUAACCCUUUUAUAUCUUCCAUUGAAGUUUACAGCUUCGAUGACGGCAUGUACAAAGAUCUUGGUCCUGAAGAAGGUCUCAUUCUCUAUCAAAGAAUUACGUACGGAGCCAAAAAGCUUAUAAGCUAUCCGUUAGAUCCUUUCGGUAGGCUAUGGUCUCCGUCAGCGUCCGGAGACAACACCGCACUGACCGAUCUAUCGACCUCAGCCCCAUCUAUAGACAUCACCGGGGCGUCUAACAAGCCGCCAGAGAUUGUUAUGUCCAAGGCAUUGUCAGGAGACGGCUUAAUCAUCUCCGACCUGCCUCUCCCCUCAACUGCUACACUGGUAUAUUUGGCUCUUUACUUCUCGGAGCCUCAGAGUCUAGGUCGGACCCAGAAACGAUCGUUCAACGUUUUCUUGGACGACAUGCAAGUGGGUUCACAUCCCAUCGUACCGGUUUUUGGGAAAGCGACUCAACUCGUUUUGAGAGAUGUAGAGGCCACUUCGGGGUCCCAAAUAGUCUUAAAGUCUACUGAUGACUCGGUAUUGCCGACCAUGAUCAAUGGUUUGGAGCUAUAUUCCAUAAGUAACAAUCAGCACGGUGGAAGCGGAGGAAAAAGCGGUGGUGGUGAUAACGGUGGUGGCGGGGGGCAAAGCGGUGGUGGUAAUAAUGGUGGGACAAAUUUAAAAGGAGGAAAGAAAAAGAACAGCUUACCACUCAUUCUAGGCGUUACAUUCGCCUCCGUAUUCGUAAUUCUCUGGUCAGCGUUUGUGGUUAAUAUUUUGAGAAAGCGUCAAAAUGCGAAGCCAGUGUCCAACACAGCACCAACUACUUCCACAGAGCGUGGGAUAGGCACAGGGACGUCACCUCUAUUUGGACAAGAAAUGGCCAGUGACACGAAUGAUUCGUACGUUGUUCAAAAUGAACAACAUUAACAUGGAAACUAUGUUGGAUUAAGCUUGAAGGAUAAGUGACUUGAAGAGCAAGUUACUAAUGAAGAAAAAGGAAAUUAGGCUUAUUAUUUUAGGAGUUAUCUAAAAUAUGUGUACUAGGAGUUAUCUAAUACAAAUCCUAGUUAUGUCCAGAUUAUCUUCUCCCCAGAAAGCCGACUCUCUUGAUUUUUAUCAGUUUUGAUUUGUUUUUAUUGUCAUUAAACAAGAGAACCCAACAAUUUUUUGAUUACAUCCUCCUAUUGGAGAUGGUCUGAAGCUCUUUUUUGAGCUCAAGAGAGAGAAACGAUUGAUUCUUCGUAGUGGAUUGAUGGAUUGAAUCUGGCCCCAGACGUAGAUUCAUCAUACCGAUGAUUCGAAUUGGAUAAACAAUCGCGUGUUGUCUUGUGUGGUCGCUUAUCUCUUUAUGCGUUUUAUUUUGGAUUGAAAUCUUGGAAAGUUCUUAAGUUUGAGCUGAAUUGUGUUGAGUAUCAAGGUUAUUUGAGUCAUCGGUUGUAACA